AUGUGUUCCCCAGAGUCUCUGCCCGCCCUUAGUUCGGAUGAAAUUAUCUUCCUCAGGGAGAACGCCGAUGAGUUGAAGCGCCUCACAGGCCUGUGCGAAGUCCAGAAGCACGGAAUGGAAGAUCUCAAAGAGGAGAUCGCUGAGGCCGUUGACAAAGGUCGGGACAUCACCCAUGAGACCGCCCAAAUGUCCCAGCUUUCUCGAGAAUUCAACCGCAACAAUGCUAGACUCUCAGUUCUUCGUGAACAAAUCGUCGCCCUCCGUGGAAAGCAGGAUGAAAGUGGAGAUAUCGUCCCUCCUCGAUACAUGGAGUUCGUCGAGUCAUCCCAGCAUCUGGUGAAUGAAUCUGUCGAGGAGCCCCCUCAGGGGGUGGGACUUGAGUUCCCCUGCACUUCCGGUUCUCACAAGAGCGAAGGUUGGAUUUUUCCAAUGUCCAAUGCUGCCACAUCGUCUCGCCGAGUAACAUUGACUGGCCUUCCUGGCUCCACAUCUAUCAUCCAGAUCGCGGAUGCUGUCAUGGGCUCGGGCGGUCUUGUCAGUAUCGUCCUCUACCAACAACCGGGCUCUCGAGCCUCUCCUGGCCAGAUGGCAGCGAUGGUAGAAUUUAGCAAACCUCUGACCGCGAAGGCCUAUGUUGAAGAGGUCAAGAAGAAUGGCCUCUCUUUCAUCGAUAUCGGAGGACUGCAUCACAAGGUCACGGUCGAGCAAAUCCUCACUCCGUCUAACGCCAUAACCCACGACCAUCCAAGAGAACUUGGCGUGCCAGACAACGGUCUCUCAGGGCGAUCGAUCAAGGUACCCAACUUCCCUGAGCAAGCUAUCUGGGCUCUGUUCAAAAAGUUCGGGGUAAAGCAUAUCAUCCGUGCCACUUACGACCCAGACCAAGAUGAGGAAAUACUCGGUGUAAUGCUCAAUAUCGAGUUCACAAACCUGCGCCAGUCUACCCGCUUUGUCAGAUUCAUCACCCAAGGCGAAUUUAGUCGCUACAGAACAUUGCCAUCUCUACUCAAGCUAGGCGAGACUCUAUCUGACAGACCUACAUCUGCGUUGCAUGAACUCAUGCACACGGUUGGCCACGUAUACCCGAUGGAACUAGAAGCAAUGUGGAAUCGGCCAAUCUUCAACACGUUUAAGGAACACGUCCCAACUGGGGCGUUUGAAGUACCAUUCCUACGCCGUCCUAUCAACUCCAGCACAAUCAUGACAAGCUUAAGCACAACUAUCAAGCUUAUGGAGGUCUUCGAGGAUCGAAUCAAGACUCGACGAGUGCCUCGAUCUAUGAUUCAGGCUAGCGUGAGGCUGGACCUUGUUGACUACAUUAUUGUGGAUGUUACCAUCUACUCAUGCGGCAACCCAGCGACCAACACCUACAUCCGUGAGAGAGGUAUGGGGCUAGCCGAAUUCAAGCACCGAACAGUUCUCUACGAACAGUACGCCCAUUUUUGGGAUGUCUUCACGGAGCGAACCGGCUUCGACAUUCGUCGCUACUAUGCCUACGCCGAGGUUGCUAGUUGGAGACGGGAGGAGAACGAACGUCAGGGUCUCCCUCCCUGGUACGCUGGCAAUAUCCUCAGAGCUACCGCACCUGCCCAGACCAUCUAUGACUACGUCUACCCCUAUCUCGUCCAGGAUGUCAUUGACACAUCAAACUAA